CAAAAUUGAGGGGGAAAUUACAGACUGAUCUGCAAUUCUAUUGGUCACAUGCAGGUCAGCGAACGCGGAAGUGAAGCGUUAACUGUAUGUUGACACCAUGAUCGGCGAUCUGUUGUUAUUCGGAACUUUAUUGAUAAAUGCGGGAGCGGUGCUGAAUUUCAAGCUCAAAAGAAAAGAAUCCCAUGGAUUUGGCGAUGAGUCCAGGUCUGAAACUACAGGUGACAACAUUAGAGAGUUCCUCCUCAGCCUGCGAUACUUUCGCAUCUUCAUUGCACUGUGGAACAUCUUCAUCAUGUUCUGCAUGAUUCUGUUGUUUGGAUCAUGAACUUCAUUGACUGGAGCUGGCUACCACCAGACGGUUGAUUUUUCAAGAUUGCUGCUCAAAAUCCCCUGUUAUGUCCUUUUUUAAAUGUGUAAUUGUACUGUGUUUUCUUUACUGCCUACUCACCUCUGUCCCCACAAAAAUGUAAAGACUUAUUUAUGUGUUUUAAUCCUUUGGAUUAAGACAGCAAAUAUUCAGUUUCCUGUAGUAACAUUAUUUUAAUCUACAUUUGAAAGACUUCCUUUACGUCCAGAUAAUAUAUAUUGAAUAGGUUUUGGUGCAAAGUUUGUGUAAAUGUUGCUCCACAAUCACUUUUAUAACACGUUUUUUGAGUCUGUAAGAUUCUGGAGGCGUUUCUAGAUUGCAAAUUAAACCACACCCCACCCAAAACUAUCAUAAAUUCCAUCCAUCCAUCCAUUUUCUACCGCUUAUCCCUUUUGGGGUCGUGGGGGGUGCUGGAGCCUAUAUCUUCUAAAAUGUACAUUGUUUAAAUAUAUAUCUUGAAAUUGUCACCGCUAUUUUUUUCCAGACGCGGUCGAAAAUAAAUUUGAUUGUCAUUAUAUGGAUUCUAUUUCUACAACAAUAGGUACACCUGCACAUUUGCUGAUUGAUUCUGACUGCAUAAAAAAAGCUGUUUUUAUUA